AUGGGCUCGGGAUACCAAUACAGCCCUCGUCGCAUCAGCAACGACUACUUCGGUGUCGAUGUCGGCCUCCGCGGCAAGGCCUUGCUCUCGGUCAUCACCGCCAGCUGUGCCGGAGGCUUCCUCCUCGUCGGUUAUGACAACGGCGUCAUGGGAGGAAUCGUGUCCCUCGGCGAGUUCAACAAGACCUUCAACAACCCAGACGCCAACACAAUCGGCAACAUCGUCUCGCUCUACGAAAUUGGCUGCUUCAUCGGCGCGCUUGCGACUUUUGUCGUCGGCGAUAUUCUCGGUCGUCGUCGUACCAUCCUUAUCAGCUCCCUCUUCAUGAUCGCUGGCGCCAUCGUCCAGGCUGCCUCCAGCACCGUCGGCGUCAUGAUAGCUGGCCGUAUUAUCUCAGGAUUGGGCAUGGGUGCUAUCAACAGCACCGUUCCAAUCUUGCAGGCAGAAACUUCACCCGCUGUCUCGCGAGGUCAGCUCGUUGCUCUCGAUCUCACUGUCCUCAACAUUGGUAUUGUCGUGUCCUACUGGGUCGACUAUGCCUUUGGAUUCGGCGGUCUGAUCGGCAGCAAAGUGUGGCGCAUCCCUCUCGCCCUUCAGUGCGUCUUCAUCGUCAUCCUCAUGCUCACCACACUCAUCAUCCCCGACACUCCUCGUUGGCUCGCCAGGAAGGGCCGUCAUGAGGAGGCCAUCGCUGUCCUCGAACGUCUUCACAACGCAUCCAUCGACUCUCCAGAAGUGCAACAGUCCUACGCAGGUAUUCAACAGGCCCUCGAGCACGAGCGAGCAGCUGCCAACACCGGAUGGUCUGCCCUUGUCGCCAACGACUCCAUCCAGACUCGCAAGCGUUUGUUCCUAGCCUGCUUCAUCCAGGCCGCGCAACAGUUGAGUGGCAUCAAUGCGCUUAUAUAUUACAGUGGAACGCUCUUCUCUCAAUCUAUCGGUCUCGACAACAAGAAGUCGGCUCUUAUGGCCGGUGGCCUCAACAUGUGCCUUAUCCUUGGUUCCACGAUCUCCAUCUUCCUGAUCGACCGUGUCGGACGCAAGAAGCUCCUCAUUCCUUGCAUUGCUGGAAUGUCGGCCGUCAUGUGUGUUCAGACCGGUCUCGUCAAGGUGAUUCAGGAAGGCACCACCAACGCCAACUUUGGUCGUGCUGCCUCUGCUAUGCUCUUUGUUUUCGAGUUCUUCUUCUCGCUCGGGUUCCAGGCCACCGUCUGGCUUAUCCCUUCCGAGGUCCUUCCCCUUCUUAUCAGGACCAAAGGUUCGGCUCUCUCCACCGCAUCUAACUGGAUCUUCAACUUUGCUGUUGUCAAAUUCACCCCUAGCGCUCUAAAGAACAUCGGCUGGCAGACUUACAUCAUCUUUGCCAUCCUCAACGCAUGCUGGGUCCCCGUCAUCUACUUCAUGCUCCCCGAAACAAAGGGCAGAAGUCUCGAGGAGAUCGACGAGCUCUUUGCCACCGACAAUUGGCACAUCGACAACUCGCACGCUGCCGCCGACACCAAGGCUGCUGCCCACCGCAACAACGAUAUCGAGUACAACGAUGUCGACACUGGCUCCCACAAGGGCAGUGCCAAGGAUGAGCACGUUGUCACAUCCACCCUUGACUCGAGGUGA